UUAAUAUAUAUUUUCAGAGAAGCAUGUUAAUUAGAUCUAGCAAAUCAAGAAUGUAGAACCUGGAGACAAGCAAGUAAUAUGUCCGGGAGACGAAAGGUUCAGGUUUCGUUUGUGAUCAGAGAGGAGAAGGAGAACUGUCACAGAGCCGGGAUUAACUCUCUCCAGUAUGAUCCUGUACUGAAGCGUCUCUACUCCGCAGGGCGGGAUUCUAUUAUCAGAACCUGGAAUGUUGCAAACCCAAAGGAACCUUAUCUCCAGAGUAUGGAGCACCACACAGACUGGGUGAAUGAUAUCCAGCUCUGCUGUGGUGGGAAGAAUAUAAUCUCUGCUAGCUCUGAUACUACAGUUAAAGUUUGGAAUGCACACAAAGGGUUCUGUAUGUCCACAUUAAGAACUCACAAGGACUACGUGAAGGCCCUGGCGUACGCCAAGGACCGGGAGCAGGUUGCGUCUGCCGGGUUAGACAAAGCAAUCUUCUUGUGGGAUGUGACCACCCUGACCGCUCUGACCGCCAGCAACAAUACGGUCACAACAUCAUCACUCAACGGGAACAAGGAUUCUAUUUACAGCCUGGCCAUGAAUCCGUCUGGAACUGUAAUUGUGAGCGGGUCCACGGAGAAGGUUUUACGAGUAUGGGAUCCUAGAACCUGUGCUAAACUUAUGAAACUUAAAGGACACACUGAUAACGUUAAGGCUUUGGUGUUGAACCGUGAUGGUACACAGUGUCUGUCUGGGAGUAGUGACGGUACAGUACGCCUGUGGUCCUUGGGUCAACAGCGCUGUAUCUAUACUUAUCAUCCGCACUCCGAGGGGGUCUGGGCACUCCAACCUAACGAUACUUUUACCCAGGUGUUCAGUGCUGGUCGGGAUAAGAACCUGUACCUGACCGAUCUACGGCACGCUGACCGGCAUACUCUAGUCUGCAGGGAAACUGCACCAAUCCUUAAAAUGAUUCUGACCCCGGACCAGUCUGGUCUGUGGGUUGCUACCAGCGACAGUACGAUCAACCAUUGGACCCUCUCCAAUCGUAUCCUGGCCGGGACGGAGACGCAGGAAGGACCGGAGCCUAUUAUUAAAGAUCAUGAUAUAGCGAUCCGAGGAGGACCAAGUAUAAAAACCUACACUGUACUCAAUGAUAAGAGAAGGAUAGUUACCAAGGAUACUGAGGAAAAUAUUGCAGUUUACGACGUUUUAAAGGCUUGUAAGAUGGAGGAAUUGGGUAAGGUUGACUUCGAGGAGGCAGUGAAGGAGAGACAGCAGACGGUGUUUGUCCCGAACUGGUUCACGGUGGACCUCAAGACAGGGAUGCUAACGAUCCACCUUGGGCAGGACGAGAACGAUUGCCUCUCCGCCUGGGUAUCCGCCAGAGAGACGGGGUUGGCUCCGGAUGAGAGUCUGGAGCAGAAGGUGAACUACGGUGGUUUGUUGCUCCAGGCUCUAUUAGAGUACUGGCCCAGGCCUUACAACACAGAGGACGAAAGUGACAUGGAGCAGGGUGCAAACGGAUCCCGGACAGGAAACGGGAACGAAUAUUUCCAGGUUCCAGGACACACGCCGGUCAUCUUUAGUGAGGUUGGCGGCAGAACUCUAUACAGAUUACUAGCCCGGGAUGCUGGUGGAGAAACGGAAGGAGUUCUCCUCAAUGAAACCGUCCCGGCCUGGGUUGUGGAUAUCGUCGUCGAGAAGAAACUGCCAAAGUUCAUCAAGGUUACAUUCUUCGUAUUACCCCACUCUACCCUGGGAUAUAAAACAUUCAAGAGAGAACGGUUGAUUGCAAACGACUUCCUACAGAUCAGAAAGGUGAUAGAGCAUGUGUACGACAAAGUGAUGAACGGAGGGAGUGAAUCAGGGAGUGGCGGGGGUACUCCGACAGGAGAACGAAAAGACCGGGAAGAGUCAAAUAGUCAAGCAGAGGAAAGAGUUGAACUGCUCUGCAAUGACCAGGUUCUGGAUCCAAACCUGGAUUUGAGAACUGUGAAACAUUUUAUCUGGAAAUCAAUGUCAGAUCUUGUUUUACAUUACAGACCGUUGCGAUGAAGUUUUUAUCUAAACUGAGUUGAUCUCAAGAAACCAAGAGAGGAAAAUCAUUCCAAGCACCCCCACUCCCCCACCCAAUGCUGUCUCAACACCACCACCCUCAUGUAUCACUCAACUGUUCUGCAGCAUAAUAUUACAGAAGGCCAAGCAGUUCAAGUUCUCUCUACUAUUCUUUAUCCACCGGAAAGUCGAAUCUGGAAGCUCUUUUUCAUCACUUGAAGCUGUUUUAUGAGAAGCUGUUUCCUGAGACUGAAGCUGUUUUGCAUCCAGUUAAGCUUUUUCCCCGUCGAGCAGCUGUGUUUUUAUUCUGGAAGCGGUUUCAAAUCCACAAAAUCCUAUAAGCUAUCUUUUCUCCAAGGUGUCUGUUUCUCCCUUCCCAAAGCGGUGUAUUUGCCCUGAAAGCUGUUUUUUGCCUGUGGUAGCUGUUUUUCUUCUUUGGAAUCCGUUUAUCUUAACGUUCAUGGAAGAUAUUCUUGUUUUUUUCGUGCAUUGGAUUUUUCUUUCAAAGCUUCGAUAUAUUCUUUAGGAUAUGGGAGCUGUGGCCGAAUCUUCAGAUUAUAUUAAGCACUUGUUUUUUAAUUGUGCUGUUUAAUAGUUCAUGUGCAACUUGUCCUUGCCCCUCUGUUGUUUUAAUGAUCUAUAAUGUUACAUUCUUCAGUGAUGAUUUGAAUUUAUUUUUAUUAUAUUAACGAUUAUGUAAUUCCUUCUGUUAUUAAUACCACUUAAAAUUUAUGUUGAUUCCAUUUAUUUCCGUACUAAUUUUAAGUCUUUAUCUAAAUUCUUAUAUUUUAAUUUUAACUGCUGUAUCUGCGAACCGAGGUUUACUGCAAUCUGGCGGUUUUACGUCAAACCAACUUGUUUUGUAUGUCGUGAUACCUAAAACGUGAUUAUUUUUUGUAAAAUGAUUUUUGGCAAGUUGAGGAAUAUUAAGAAAAAACUUUAAGAAUUAUGUUGUUAAAGUUUGACAUCAAUGAAAAAUAAUACAACAUAAAUUUCUUCGUUAGAAGAAAAAAUGUUAUUAAUUAAUAUAUAAUAUUAGAAUGCAUAAUUUAGCUGCGUCUAUAGGUAGGGUUAGUUCAUUUUUAAAAUAAGUUUAAAUUUACCAUUGUAAUUUAGUAAUGUACUUCUCGCAUGUUAUAUUUAUUAUAUAUUGCCAUUACACGGAAAUAGGAUGAAAAAUUUGAUAAUCCUUUGUUCAGUAGAUUUAACAUCCGUCAUUAAAACUAGCAUGUUUCAGA